AUGCCGUUAACUGCCACUUCUAAUGAAAUGUAUCAUCUUAAUCUGGAACCUCAGAAGAAAAAUGUUUUUGUUACUCAACUAAAUGAUCGCCCAGAGGAAGAUGAUGACAUUCGUCGAUUCCCAGUUGUUCAGGAGACCGCGGACCAACUUGUGGAAAAUGGAAUCAACACGUUGCAGAAGACGUCAUUGCUGAGGAAAGCUGUGGAGAUGGAAGUGGUGGAUAAGGAGCUGGCAGAGAAACGGGAGGAGUUUCGAAUCAGGAUGGAGAAGAAUAAAAACAAGGAAGAUCUUUUAAGGAAGAGGCAGGAGAAGAUCAAGGAGAGAGUGGCGAAGUUUGAUAAAUUCCUGAAAGAUAAUGACGCAAAGAGAUCAAGAGCUUUGAGGAAAUACCAGAUCGAGGUUAAAGAUAAUAAAUUGAAGACAAAGCAGCUUCAAGAUUAUUUGAGGGAGUUGGAAUUUGCUCGGAAGAAUAAAGAAGAUUUGGUGAAGAAACUGCAGAGUCAUAAGAAGUUUGAAGAUUAUAUGAUGCAGGUUAUCGAUGCUUUGCCGGAGAAUUACCUGGAGAUGACGGGUGAAAAUAUGAUCCACAGCGUUAUACAGCGAUAUGAAGGAUUGUCUGCAACGCACCAAGCGCUUAUCACAAAGAACCUUCGUCUUGCUGAAGAAAUGGAGGAGGGCAAUCGUGAGUUGGAGCAAAUGAAGCAAGAACGAGAAGAACAGAGGUUGCUUAUUAACAGCCAGAUGGCAGAGUUACAGAAAUAUCAAGAGAAACUGACUCAAAGGGUUCAGAGGCUUGAGCAGAAAGCAGGGGAUACAACUACCAUACGUAGGGCACAACUUGGUGAGUUAGGAAGGAUCACCAUGGCGAUUGAUAAUCUAUCUGAUGCUUGUCAUACACGUAACUAUCCACCAUUAAAUGAGAUGUCUUACUUGUUUAAGCUUACUAUGAUCAACCAACACUUCCAUGAGAGAUUAAGAGUUCAGAAACUUGUCCAGAAACUAAAGGAAUCAAAACAAGUUCCAGUGAAACAAGAAGUUCGGAAAACUUCUCCGAAAAAACACCAGAAAACGUCUGAGCCACAACAACAGGAUGUUCGAAAAAGAGGUAAAUUGGCCACAAGGGGGUUCUUGGAGCAACUGACGACCAUUAACGAGAAAAGUGAAAUCUAA